AUUUGAUAUUUUAGAGGGUGUAAUGCCAGAUGAUACAUCAUGCAUUCAGGCAGCCACAGUUUUAAGGUACAACAUGCUAACCGGUAAAAUGUUUACAAAAAUAAAUAGUGGUAUAGUAUGAGCCCUUUAUUCUAUACCAUAUAUAAAUUAAUCGAAGAACACGCUUUUGUAAAAGAAGAAUUUUGUGCAUAUGAGUUUCAGCAGCUGACCCCAAGUAACUAUGCCACAGUGUAUAUAGGGAAAAAUCGGAGAAUAAUAGACUUUUUUUACUUAUUUUGCAAACUAUGUAUUAAGUAAUAUGAUGUUUCCAACCUAGAGUACUGUCAAUAUUAGGACACCCAAGUACUUACGUAUUCCUUAUAUUCCAUGGAAGUGAUAGUGUUAGUAUUGUUAUCAAUUAUUUUUAAGUCAAUAGUUGAGUUUAGUUUCUUUCGUGAGGGGCGGAAGAUUACAUAAUUAGAUUUCUUAGUAUUUAAAGUUAAUUUGUUGGCAUUUAGCCAGUCAGUAACAUUUUUCAGCUCAUUAUUAACAACAGUCUCCAGUGAUUUCAGACUUUUAUCAACUUAUCUUAAGUUGGUAUCAUCAGCAAAGAGAUGAAAAUCAACAAUUUCAGAGCAAUUGGGAAUAUCGUUUAUAUAGAUUAGAAAGAGAAGUGGGCCGAGAACAAAUCCUUGUGGCGUACACCAAAAGAAAUUUUCCUCUUGUGUGAGAUAUUAGAGUCAAUUUGAGUGGAUUGAAAACGGUCAGAGAGGUAAAAGGAAAACCAAUCAUCCACAGUUCCUCUUAUUCCGUAGUGGUAUAACUUAUACAAGAGAAUGGAAUGAUCAACAGUAUCAAAAGCUUUUUUUAAAAUAUAAAAAUAUUCCACAUGAAAAUAACUUAUUACCCAUGUUGGUUUGAAUUCUGUUGACAAUUUCGAGUAGAGCAUGAUGGCAGGAAUGCUUCUCACGAAAUUCGUAUUGUGUUUUGUAUAGUAGAUCAUUUUUUUUUGACAAAGGCAAUAAGGCGGUUAUAAAUUACUUUUUCAAAGAUACGGUUGAAAGCAAAGAGAUGGGCCUGUUGAGUUCCCGGGCUCUGUGUCGUCAUCAGCCUUGUAAACUGGGACAACUUUGGCGUGUUUCAAUUCAGAUGGGUGAACACCACAGCUCACAAAGAUGUUAAUUAGAUCAGCAAGAGGUUGGCUUAAGAUACAAUAAGCACAUUUGAUCAGGAAAAAAUAUGACUACUUCAAUCUGGAGUCUCUGCCUCUUAUGAUUUUCAAGUAUUAGCACAUGGCAUCAGCCUAUACAACAGCUUUUCCUUCUACGAAGGAAACAACCAACUAUGCUCGUCUGUGUCGCCUUCUGGUGGAUGUUGGAUCCCAGGCCUUGAGAGACACUUUUGAUGCCAUACACCCUCCAAUAGGACUUCAUACAGUUUUGGGGCGUCACCCAGAGGAUGUAACACUACAGUCUCUGAGGAAGAAGAGAAUCCUGAAUCCUACACAAUGGGGGAAGCUGUAUCCAACUAUAACAUCAUCUGUUUCAUCAAAAAACGUUGAUAUAACGCUAUUGAUGGUGCUUCUGAGGAAUAUCUGUGGAUUGGUUCCUCCCAGCACUGGAUGGGACAGACUUCCUCCGCCAACAGAUAUGAGUAAGGCGGCCAACAUAGCCAGGCUGAAAUACUACCGUAAUACUGUGUACGCCCAUGCCAGCGAAGCCUCUGUAGAUGAUGCAACACUCAACAGCUACUGGCAGGAUAUCAGCAAAGCCAUAUUAGGACUGGUAGGAGUGGGUUAUGGAGCUGCUAUCAUUGAACUUAAGAAUGAGUCCAUAGACCCUGAUUCAGAAGAACACGACAGGCAGCUGCUAAAGCAGUGGAAGCAAGAUGAGGACAAUAUCAAAGAAACGAUCAGAGAGAUUGAAGACAAUGUAGAUCAGAUGAAAAGUAAAGGGGAAGACAUUGGUGACAAACUGGAGACAUUGAUGGCGCGACAAGAAGAAACAAAGGAACAAGGUUAGCUCUCGAUUGAAAAAGCUGUUUUAUUGGUUGAAAACACUGAAACAAAAAAAUUGUCCUUCCCUGCCCUUGGGCCAGUGUUGGGUGUCUUGAAUGAAACAAUUUUUAACGAUCUUGAACAGAAUAUGCAUUGCACAUUUUACAGGAAGUAUAAGCAAGAAAUUUAAAUUUUGGAAAUUGGACGGACACAUAACUUGUUCAUUUAGUUACAGUUGGCCUUGAAAAGGGGCGUGUACGACAUGUUCACAUAAGGAUUGCAGUACUGCCACUGAUCUACAAAAAAUUGGCUCAUUUCGGUGCCAAAAGUCCAGAGAGAUUUUUACCACAGAAAAAUAACAAUCACGAUAUAAAAUAACAUGAGCAUUCAUAAACUUUGUAUUCUUCCAAACUCCCUGAAUGGAGACUUGUUCUGACAUGAAAAGAUAAAAAUCUAAUUGUAGCCCUUUAAUGAUGUCUAAUACUUGGUGCUCUAAAUCAGCAUGAAAUUAAGUAAUUUCUUUUUUUCCUAUUUCUUUUUUUCCUUAUUCUUUUUUUAAUC